CGCUCUCUUUCCUCACUCUCCAUCCCUUUCCUCGCUCUUCUUCUUCUUCUUCUUCUUCUUCUUCAGUGUUUGCUUCAACCUCCCAUCUCCCUCUUCUCCAAGAGCUCUAUUUACGUACGGAAAUGGCGAAAUCCAUCUCCAAUCGUAGCUCGAAUCGAGGUGCGAGGUAGAAAGAUCGCAACUUUGUGGUUCGAUCUGUCGGAAAUGGAGCAAAUCCUUAAUUUAACGGCGAAAUACUUUGAUCCUUUUUACCUGGAUUGAGGUUUCCGAGCAUUUGAGCUGAUAAAGUUGCUAUUUUUACCCUAUUUUCGCCCUGUGAGUGUUCGAUCUGCGUCGAUCUCCUCCUCCGUUCGCGUCCAAUGGCGACGGAGAGCCCCGUGUCGAUGGUAUCGGAGAUAGGAGCUCGAUCGAUGGUGGGGAGUGGCGGGGGAGAGGGAUUCGCUGGCGAGGAUUUGGAGGCGGAGCUUACGAUGUACCGGAGCGGCUCCGCCCCGCCCACCGUGGAGGGAUCGCUCACCGCCGUGGGAGGGGCGAGUAGCGGGUUCGGAUUCGCGUCGGAGGAGGAGAUCCGAUCCGAUCCGGACUACGUAUCGUACUACUACACGCACGUGAAGCUAAACCCUAGGCUCCCACCCCCGACUCUAUCCAAGGAGGAGUGGGUAUCGACGAAAAGGGUUGUGGGGGGUAUUGGGGAUAGGAGGAAACCGAGUAGGGUAGAGGAAGGGAUUAGUAAUUUAGGUUUAGCAGGGGAGUGGUCGUGUAGAGGAGAUGGUUUGAUGGGGCUUUCGCUUGAGAGGGAGAAGAGCUUUGCGGAUAUUCUUCAGGAUGAUCUUGGCCCCAGAAGUGACAUCUUUGAUCAUCUCUCUCAUGUAGUCAAACAUGAUGCACUUGUUGAUGGUGUGGAACCACUUCAUUCGACUGAGAUCCGUCGGAGUAUUAAUUCAUCGUCGUCAUCAUCUCAUACUUUUGCAUCAGUGGUGGGAUCUUCUCUCUCUAGAAGCAAAACUCCAGAUCCCGAAUUUCUACCGAGGGCUCCAAGCCCGGGCCUUCCACCUGUGGGUGUAAGAAUUAGCUCAUCUGAGAAGUCACUUGAUAGUUCAGCAUCCUUCAAUAGAGUCCCCUCAAACCUAGUAGAAUCCGAUGAUGUUUUAGCUGCUUUGUCCUGCUUGAAUCUUCAAAGAGAAACUACGGAUCACCAGAAUUUUCUUUUUGAUUCACAAGAUGGUCAGAACCAUGUAAAGCAAAUGUCAUUCUCUGAUCUGAAUAAUUCCAUUGGAGGUCGAUCGGACUUGAGAAAUUCAGGGAUAAGGUCAAAGCAAAUUGAACAUCAUAUGCCCGCUAACCUAUCCUCUCGUUCUUAUCAGAGGACUCCAGCUCUACAUCAGAAAUUCGAUGGUCUUAAUGGGGCUUUUACGAGCUAUGGGCCAAGUGGGUAUCCAAUUAAUCCUUCAAUACCAUCAAAUAUGUUAAAUCAAUCAGUAGGUGUCGACUUAACAAGUACUUUAGGGGGUGGUAUUUUCUCCCCGCCAACCUUAACUGUACAGGAAUUACAAAAUCUCAAUCAGCUUAGUAAACAAGCAUCAGGAGAAGCCCUUACUGAUCCACUUUACAUGCAAUAUUUAAAGGCGGCUGAAUAUACAGCACGAGCUGCAGCUAAUUAUAGUGAUCCUUCUUUUGAAAGGGAUUUCAUGGGAAAUUCUUAUUCUGAUAUACUUGAUAUUCAGAAAGCUUACAUCGGGGCUUUGCGUCAACCGCAGAAACAGUAUGGGAUGCCUCUUCUAACUAAAUCUGCUUCUUUUAAUCAUGGUCAAUAUGGUAAUGGCACUUUUGGUCCUGGCAUGAGCACUUUAGCACGUCCAGUUGCUUCACCAGCUUUUCCUGGAAGCCCUGUUAGGCUUGGUGAGCGCGGCGUGCAUUGUUUUCCUUCUGGUUUGAGAAAUGUAGGUGGAAGUGUUAUGGGUUCUUGGCCCUCUGAUCCAAAUGGUAACAUAAAGGGAAAUUUUUCAUCUUCGCUUCUAGAGGAGUUCAAGAACAAUAAGACCGGAUGUUUUGAGCUUGCUGAGAUUGUUGGUCAUGUUGUUGAGUUCAGUUCUGAUCAGUAUGGAAGCCGUUUCAUACAACAGAAACUUGAAACAGCAACAGCUGAAGAAAAAGAUAUGGUUUUUGAAGAAAUCAUGCCACAUGCUCUCUCCCUGAUGACUGAUGUAUUUGGAAAUUAUGUGGUCCAAAAGUUUUUUGAGCAUGGAAGUGUAGCUCAAAGAAGGGAAUUAGCUGAGCAGCUUAAUGGACAUGUAUUAGCUCUCAGUCUUCAAAUGUACGGCUGUCGAGUGAUCCAGAAGGCCAUAGAGGUCAUCGAUCUGGACCAGAAAACAAAGUUAGUUACUGAACUGGAUGGCCAGGUAAUGAGAUGUGUACGCGAUCAAAAUGGAAAUCAUGUUGUCCAGAAAUGUAUUGAGUGCAUUCCUGAGGGGUCCAUUCAGUUUAUUAUCUCAACUUUCUACAAUCAAGUAGUCACAUUAUCCACUCACCCAUAUGGUUGCCGUGUUAUACAGAGAGUAUUGGAGCAUUGCAAUGAUCCUAAAACCCAGCAGAUUGUGAUGGGAGAGAUUUUACAGUCUGUUUGCAUGUUGGCACAAGAUCAGUAUGGGAAUUAUGUUGUUCAGCAUGUUUUGGAGCACGGCAAGCCUGAAGAGCGAUCUAUUAUUAUCGAGAAGUUAGCUGGACAGAUAGUUCAGAUGAGCCAACAGAAGUUUGCUUCGAAUGUUGUUGAGAAGUGUUUGACUUUUGGUGGUCCUGCAGAACGCCAAAUUUUGAUCAAUGAGAUGCUGGGCACCACUGAUGAAAAUGAGCCUCUCCAGGCAAUGAUGAAAGAUCAAUUUGCUAACUAUGUUGUACAGAAAGUGUUGGAGACUUGCAAUGAUCAGCAAAGAGAGUUGAUCCUUUCACGAAUUAAGGUCCACUUAAAUGCACUGAAGAAAUAUACUUACGGGAAACAUAUAGUUGCCCGUGUAGAGAAACUCAUCGCAGCUGGGGAGAGGAGGAUUGGACUACAAUCCCCAUACCCCUCUUAGGCGCAAUAGCAAUGACCAUGUACAGCUAACCGAAGCUUGCGAGUGCCCCCUCUUUUUUUUCCUGUUUAGGCUGUUACAAGCAAGUUGGAAAUAAAAGUGUUUGUUGUACUUAUUAAUAUAUCUGUACAUUUUGUAGUUCUAAUACUAAAUUAGGCAAAAUGCUGAGGCUCAGACUGUUUAUUUACCUGAUGCCCUUUAGAGGAGAUAAAAUAUCACACAAGCCUUUGUAUCGGUCUUAAACUGUAAAGAGAUGGUAAAGAAGAAAGCUCACUAGUGACUGUACAAAUGUGGCAAUGUGGAGAGCUAAGACUUACUCCUGGUAGAGUUUAGAUGUUUCUUCAGUUACUGUGGAUUAUGUUUCUUUAAUAUUACCAAAUUUUAACUGUUUAAGUAACAGCUUUUGUACUACUGUGA